AUGACCGACAAGGUGGCAAGUGGCCUGACGUACAUCAAAGACGUGGGCAUUGAGCUCAUUCUCGCUGAGCUCAAAACCAUUUCCGUGCCAACCAUUUCUGGCUCGGCAGGCACACCCGUGGGACACGUCGACUACACUCUCUCGAACAUUGCCAUUACCAACUUGGCUCUGCCAGACUCGAUCCUUCAGCUCAAGCCAGGUACCGGCAUUCAAGUCGGUGUCUCGGCUGCUGUGUGUGAUGUGAGCCUCAAUUGGCAUUACCGUGAGCACUCUUGGCCGCACAUCUCCGAUCAUGGCUCGGCGAGUGUCGACGUCUCCAAGACUACCAUCUCCGUCACCGUUGCCAUCGGUGAGGCCUCGGGUCGACCCACGGUUGCUGUUGAUGCUUCAGAGGUCGACAUUGGCUCGUUCCACAUCAAGGUCCAUGGAGGUGCCUCGUGGCUCUACAACUGGCUCGUCGGCCUCUUCAAGGGCUCGGUCAAGUCCUCGGUCCAGUCCUCGCUCAAGUCGGCCAUUGUUGACGCCAUCAACAAGCAGGCCGAGGAAGCGCUCGCCACUCUGCCCAUCAAGGAGAAGGUCGACAAAUACUCGUCUGUCAACUACGCCAUGCUCGCCCCGCCAAGCAUCACCGCUACCCAGUUCUCGUCGGUCCAUCUCGGCCAGUUCCUCUCCAACUCGCCGGCGCCGCCCGGCCCCUGGGCUCCAGUCAAGCUCCCGACCACUGUCGACGCCGCCGACGAGAUCAACCUUGUCUUCUCGGAGGACGUGGCGCUCUCGGCUGGCUACGUCUACUUUAAGGCCGGCGCUCUCCACACCACCGUCAACGAGCUCCCGUCCUGGUCGCCCGUCUCGCUCAACACCACGUCGAUGCGGUUCCUUCUCCCGGCGCUGUACAAGGCGUAUCCGGACAUGAAGGUCGAGUUUGAGCUCGCCGCCAACGCCACGCCCAACGCCGCCAUUUCGCCCGACGGCGCAACGUGCGACGUGCUCGGCAACGUUGCCGUCUACGUCCUCCCCGCCGGCCAGCCGCGCAUCUACGCCUUUACUCUUGGCCUCCACCUUUUUGGCACCGGCAAGGUCGCCGUCUCGGCCAACAACAUCACCGCCCAGGUCUCGUACGUCGGCUGCAACCUCUCGCUGGCCAACACCACUGCGCCCAUCGGCAACUUUAACGUCCAGCUCCUCGACGCCCUCGUCAACCUAGCCGUCUCCAAGGGCCUCGUUCCCUGGAUCAACAAGGUCCUUGGCGUCGGCUUCCCCAUCCCGGUCGUCUCGGGCAUCACCCUCUCGUCCAUCGAAGUUGUCUACGGCACCGGCUACGUCGGCCUCGCCUCUGACUUUACCUAUGCCCCGCCAACCCUCGGCGAUGCCGGCUCCGCAGCCGCUGCGGCCUACAACGCCGCCAUGGCUGCCCGUCCCGGCGACGCAGGCGACCUGAUCAAGGCCUCGCUCCCGGUCCGCAUCGACGAGUAG